CGGAGUGCGAAAGGAUAGCCAUGUCCAGUGGUCCCGAUUACAAGAAGGAUGCCGUACUGCUGGAUGAAAUACGACACCUCCGCAUACCCAAAAUCAUAAAGCAAAUCCGACAGGGUUCUUCAAGAUGGAAGUUUUGGGAAAGAAGGAGGCAUGUCGUAGCUUUGCUAGCUUUCUUCGGAUUUUUCAACAUAUAUUCACUAAGGGUCAACCUUAGCGUCGCUAUAGUCGCUAUGACGUCUCCGUACAACGUGACCCUAGAGAAUGGCACUACUGUUGAGAAAACCGAUUUUGACUGGGAUUCCAAGACGAAAGGUCUGGUGCUGAGCUCGUUUUUCUACGGAUAUAUAUGUACUCAGCUCCUCGGCGGUUGGCUCGGUAACAGGUACGGCGGAGCCAAAAUCUACAUGCUUGGGGUUUCGACGACAGCACUCCUCACGCUUUUAACCCCGCCGAUAGCCAACACUUCUGUUUAUUAUCUCGUCUUUUUGAGAGUGAUCGAAGGGGUUUUCGAAGGCGUGACGUAUCCUUGCAUGCACUCGGUUUGGGCGAGAUGGGCCCCUCCAUCCGAACGGUCUGCAAUGGCAUCUCUAGCCUUUUCCGGCAGCUACGUCGGCACAGUGGUCGCCCUUCCGGUUUCUGGCAUGCUCAGCAAGCAUUGCGGAUGGCCAUCGGUCUUCUACGUUACAGGGGUCGUCGGGCUCAUAUGGUCAGUCGUUUGGUGGUACCAGGUCAAAGACGAUCCAGAAAAUGAUCCAAGAAUAUCAGAGUCAGAGCUGACAUAUCUGAGAGAUACUCUCGGAAACCGUAAAAACGAAAAUCUGGCAAGAUUAGUCAGGCUCAAGCAAACAAGUUGUUCAUACAUGAAAAUCGGUCUAAAAGCCGAUUUUGGACAAGAACACUACAGAAAAUGUGAAGAGGAGAGUACAAUGCGACUCACAAUGAGAAAACGUGGAGAAAAGGAAAAGCAUACGCAUCCUUGGGGCGAGUUCGUGAAAUCGAUGCCCGUCUGGGCCGUUGUGAUGGCCCAUUUCUGCGAAAACUGGGGCUUUUACACUCUCCUCACUCAGCUUCCGACCUUCAUGAAAGAUACUUUGAAUUUCGAUCUGCAAAAAGCUGGUUUCCUUUCUUCAGUUCCUUACCUAGUCAUGGCGAUCAUAAUGCAAUUCGCCGGGCACCUAUCCGAUUGGCUGUGUAAUAAAAAAAUAAUGUCGACCACUAACGUGAGAAAAUUGUUUAACUGUACAGCUUUCUUAUCUCAGACGAUUUUCAUGAUGCUGGCAUCGUAUUUACUGACCGCGACCGGAGUGGUGACAUGCCUGGUUUUCGCAGUUGGAUUGGGCGCUUUGGCCUGGCCUGCUUUCAGCGUGAACCAUUUAGAUUUGGCCCCUCAGCACGCUAGCGUCCUAAUGGGUAUGUCGAAUACAUUUGCAACACUGCCCGGAAUAAUCAGCCCUCUAAUAUCCGGCUACAUUGUUACUAACAAGAGCGCAGAGGAGUGGAAAGUCGUGUUUUACAUAGCCAGCACGAUAUACCUGAUAGGAGCGAUCUUCUACUGUAUUUUCGCGUCUGCAGAAAGACAGCCUUGGGCCGUCGAAAAGGAUGAGAAAGGGGACAAAACAGAACACGCUUACACCAACAACGGCCUAUCCGUCGACAAAUUAUAAACACAACUAUGUACAUAUAUUUAUAAUAAAUUGACAAUAAAAAG